CCCGGUUACUAUGGUACUAGAGGUGCAAGUAUUAUUUUUAAGACUCUUAUUUCUCUUUUCAUUGAAUCAAAGAUGUUAUCAUUAGCUAUGACAUCUCUUCAAAAAUCUUUGAAUUAUCUUGUUGAAGUUCAUAUUCCGGAAACUGCUAUUAGGUUAAUAGCUGAAGAUCGAAAUAUUUCACUAGAUGAGGCAGCAAAG